CAAAAAUCUACCCCAAAUAUGGAUAUAUGAAUAGUUGAGAUUGAUUUAUUCUUCCAGUAUUUUUUGACCUGUCAGUUUAAGCGUAUCGGAGGAUAGUACUCGGAUCACUGAAGUGUACAUUUGAACAUUCGGCAUAAGAUUUUUAAUAUCAACCGAUAUUACAGUUGACAACGAGCUGAGUCAAAAUGUCUUUGGAAAACAACGAACCCUCAGCUGGGUGCUCUCAAAUCGAAACGGCAUUCCAAAAUCUGAGUCUUGGGUCAGAUGAGCCUCCGAAGGAGAGUGAAAGCCCCAAACGAGAAGAGAACAAGGAAGUCAACCAAAAAACGGCGAAGUUACCGAAGAAGCAAAAAGGAAGUAAAUUUACCGCAGACUGGAAAGCGGAAUGGAAGACAACCGAACUGCGUAGCACCCGAUUGAUAACCCCUGAUUCUUUGGGGCCAGAAUCCACCGACAGUUCAAUGUUCGGGAUGAAAUUUGUUCAGCUCAACCAACCGGGACCGACAUUUAUGCUCUUGGUAAAAAACAAAUCCGCAGCGAGGAUUCUACUGCGAACCGUUACUCUGAUGACAGUCGACAAAACGUUGCUGGCUGUCCAUCCGGGUGGUGAGAAGAGCAUCAUGCUACGGGAUGACACUUGGAAUGGGACGGUCACAUUCCCCCCUCAGCAGCACGAGGACAUCGAACGAAUCGAGUUGCACGCUAUGGGAAUGGCAAUUGUUGGGGAUGAUAUCAAGUUUAUGCAUGAGAGAUCCAGCCUGAUCAGAAUCCCUGAAACGAUAAGGAGAACUUCGAUUCGACUAGUGGAUCUACCGGAGUUUGAGAUCCCGCCAACGAUAACAAGGUUGUAUUUCAACGAUUUCAAAAAUAAUGGCACCUUAGGACCAGAAGAAGUGCAACUGCUCGCUAGAGUGGAACAGUCGAUGGUACCGUUGCUGAGAUCGAGCGAAACUUAUAAACAGCAGUUAACCCUCCUCAACCAAAUCGAGGACGAACAUCAGAGUCUGCAAUUUUUGGGCUACAGUAUCAACUCUCCAAAAAUGGUUAAGUAUCGCGAGGACCUUAACCGAGUUUACUGCCUAUCGAUUCACCAAUUCCAUCAUCGGCCCGCAUUGCUUAAGGAAGGCGCAGAGGUUAAUGUUUUGGUAAGCAGUAAAGAGAUAUUCAGAGGAACCAUAGAUCGCAUAGAAAAUGAGAUAGUUUUCAUUGAAAUGGCUACGCCCAUAUUUGUGGAUGAAGUUGUAAGAAUCGAAUUUCGUUCCAACCGGACAUCGUAUAAACUCGAAUACAGUGCGAUUGAACUACUCGACGAGACAGUCAUCGACAAACUGUUUUUCCCCGAAACGAUUGGAGAGAGUAAACUGGAAACGUUCACAGAAUUUGAAUGGUUUCGUGAGAACAUAUCAUCGAACGAGGAACAGAUGCAGGCAGUGAAGAACAUCGUCAACCGCACCUCAUUUCCAGCGCCCUAUAUACUGUUCGGACCACCGGGGACCGGCAAAACUUCGACCCUGACGGAAGCGAUUUGUCAGGUUCUUAAGCUCCGCCCAAACUCUUGUGUAUUGGUAGCGACCGCAUCGAACUUUGCUGCCAAUGAAAUUGUCAACAGGUUGCUGACAUACAUUCCCUCCGAGCAAAUCUUUCGCAUCUUUGCUCAAUCAUGCGAGCGCAAGGCGCGAGAUAUUGGGGUGGAUGUGUUGGAUACGUCCAAUCUGAUCCGUGGAUCUUAUGUGCUUCCAAGCUACGAAGACAUAUAUAUGUCCAGAGUGGUAGUCUGUACCUUGACGACAGCCGGUCGACUUCCCCAGGCGGCUGUAUCACCUAACCAUUUCGACUAUAUCAUCGUGGAUGAAUGUGGUUGCGCGAAGGAGAUAUCAGUGCUGGUUGCUAUCGCUGGAAUCGGCACAGAAAAUACGGAUAUCAACGCACAAGUUGUUCUCGCGGGUGACCCAAAACAACUCGGGCCAGUUAUUCCCUACCGUUUUCUCCAAAACACUAGCCAUUCCACUUCCAUGCUGGAACGUAUGAUAGAACACGAGCUUUACCGUAAGGAUUCUUCCGGAAGCUAUAAUCCCUUGGUUAUAACGCAACUAAGGGAUAGCUUCCGUUGCCACAAAGCCUUAUUGGGAUUUUCAAACAUGACGUUCUACGAUAGUCAACUGAGAGCAAAAGCUCCCAAAGAGGUAGCAAAUUGGGCCCUUGGAUGGGGACGUCUUCCUAAUACUUCAUUUCCGUUGAUUUUUCACCCGAUUAAAGGGGAAAGCAAGAUGGACCUAAGCUCCCCCAGCUUGUACAAUGAGCCUGAAGCGAAUAUGGUUCUAAAUUACGUACAGAACUUGCUCAUCCGAGGGAUAAAUGGAGAUCGUGUCGAACAGAAAGAUAUUGGAGUAAUUUCGCCGUAUGCUCGGCAAGUCCUGUUCAUACGGAAACUAUGCAACGAGCGCGGUUGGAGGGAGAUCGAGGUCGGAUCCACAGAGCAAUACCAGGGUCGGGAAAAGCGUAUCAUAUUAAUUUCCACCGUUAGAUCCCAGUGCUCUACCGUUGGUUUCCUGGCCGAUGUCAAACGGAUGAAUGUGGCCCUCACGAGGGCACGUGCUCUCUUGAUCGUCGUUGGAGACCCAACAACGUUGGAGCGCAACACGCAUUGGAAGAAAUUCAUCGCGUAUUGUAGAAAAAAUAAAGCAGUUUUUAAAUUCGUUAAAAGGUCAAGAAAGCCAAUUACGCUCACUGUGAUACCAAAGAUUAUAGUUACUGAGGCUACACCCUAGGAGCUAGAUAGCGCUACUUAAAUUUCGCAUAGAUUUAUAUCUACAGCUAGUAUGAACAAUCAGGAAAAGUGAUGAAUAUUUUUUUAAUGAAAUUUUAAUAGUGGGAUACAGACGAUUACAAAAAAAAACAGACAUUAACGGUCGUAUAAUUCCUGACAAUAUAUGAAAAUAUAAGAAAAAAAGUAAAUAUUGAUUGUGAGCAUACAAAAGUUCAU